AAUGAUCAUCAAUAAUAACAAAAAUGUGAGGUUAGUUUUGAUGCAAAGUAAGUUACUCAAGAUUUAUCCUUCUGAAAAAACACACACAUCAACGCAUAUAUAUAUGGGUGGUUUUGAUCCUAUAAUUUCACGUAGUUUCGCAUAUAUAGCCACGCCAAUAACUUGAAGCUAAUAUUUAAGCCUCUCUAAUCUGCUCUGCAUAUAAAUUCCUCUGUCUUUCGAACACUUUGCAAUAGAGCCACACACACUGUCUCAAUUAAUAAGCAUGGUUGCAGCUACAGAAGUUAUGUCUGAUGAUAGACCCAUUCAAGAAGUGCCUCUUCACACAACAACACCACCAGACACCACCAAUUUAUCAUCCCCUCCCUUAAAUAGGUUGGAAGGGAAAAUUGCGAUUGUAACUGGUGGUGCCAAAGGAAUAGGUGAAGCAGCAGUGAGACUCUUUGUGAAACAUGGCGCGAAGGUUGUAAUUGCUGACGUGGACGACACACAUGGAUCCAAUCUUGCAAACUCACUUUCUCCAUCAGCGACCUUCGUCCACUGUGACGUCAGCAUAGAACCCGACAUGGACAAUUUGGUAACUUCCACAGUCUCCAAAUACGGCAAACUGGACAUAAUGUUCAACAACGCCGGUGUGCUAGGCGACCAAUCAAAUUCCAAGAAGAGCAUUGUCAAUUUUGACCCUGAUGAGUUUGACAUGAUAAUGAGGGUCAACGUUAAAGGUGUUGCAUUGGGAAUUAAACAUGCUUCAAGGGUCAUGAUUCCUAAUGGAAUUGGUUCAAUAAUCAACACUGCUAGUGUUGCGGGUGUUAUGGGUGGUCUUGGUCCACAUUCUUACACCGCUUCAAAGCAUGCCAUUCUUGGACUCACUAAGAACACUGCUUGUGAGUUAGGGAGGCAUGGCAUAAGGGUAAAUUCAAUUUCACCAUUUGGGGUUGCCACGUCAUUGCUUGUUAACGCGUGGCAUACUAGUGAGGAGGUGGAGGGUAAUAAUGUAAAUUUGCCUUCGCAUGAGGAAGUUGAGAAGAUUGAGGAGUUUGUUAGAGGGCUUGCAAAUUUGAGAGGGGUAACUCUGAGGUCGUCCGAUAUUGCUGAGGCUGCACUUUUUCUUGCUAGUGAAGAAUCUAAGUAUGUUAGUGGCCAUAAUCUUGUUGUGGAUGGUGGAAUCACUUCUACAAGAAAUUGCAUUGGCCUUUAGUCAAUUAUUUAAGUUUAUUUUGUGAUUUAUUUAAAUUUGUUUCUGGCCCACUUGCACAUAUCUGUGUUAGUUGAUAUCAAUAAUUCUAUAGAACUAAACUAAAUACCAAAAAAAUAAAAAAUUCUAUA